UCAUCGUUCAAUUCUCUCAAGUUGGGAAACUAAACUGAGUUUUGGAAUCCACAUGCAUUAGAAACAGAGUGGCAUCUGCCCAAAUUUAAUGCUAUAAAUCGGUUACAAAGGGACAGGGGUGAAGGAGGAAAAUAGAGAGAAAAUGAAUUUGUUUCUUCGGCCUAGGCCUGAUUUUAUUUUAGAGCGUUGGUUCCAUUACUUUGUGGCUGCUUGAUGCAAGUUAUUUUACUUUGUGCACUGACUGUGCAUUUAUAGUUCCAGCGUGCUUUGAUACGUCCUACUGGUCUGACAGAUGAGAUGGUGUCAAUAAUUGGCUCUCACUACACAGUCCCAGACAAACCUGGCUUCUUCAACUACCUUAACUUUUACAACGACAUUCAUGCCAGGAUUAAGACCUUGGAGACUGAUCACACUGGCAGACCACCCAUUCCCUAUGGCUACUGGCCACCUGAGAUACCCAAGUCAUCUGAGAUUCUUGAGGUAUUUGACAAACUCCGAAGAAUUGUAUUCCUGAGGGGGAUCCGAACUUCAGAGUUCUUCAAGGAUUAUGACAAACUGCGCAGUGGGCUUAUCACAGAAAGUCAGUUUAGGCGAGGUUUAUAUCUGACUUGUGGAAAGGAAGGCAUCUUAACAGAGCAAGACAUCCAAACACUUCUCAAGUGCUUUGGCACAGGAGAUGGCAAAGUGCGUUAUCGCGAUUUCUGUGAUGUGAUGGCACACGCAUAUAACGUUCCUCACCUGGAAAAAUAUCCCACAGCAGAGGUAUGCAGGCCACCAAGAGGCACUCUGUUCCAGCUUGGAGAAAAUCUAACAGACAAAGAAGAGAAACGGCUGGCUCAGGUGCUCAAAGAACUUUCUCAGCAAGUGGAGAAGCGACAACUCUUGGUGACUCCAUUCUUCAAAGAUUUUGAUAAGAAGGUUACAUACAGAAGACUCCUGACUAGGUCACAGUUUGAGAGGGGGCUGGAUUACCUGGGGCUGAGUGUGCUGCCAACAGAUUUCAACCUGCUGUGCAGAAAAUUUGAAGAUCCAACCACUGGAGAUGUAAACUAUGUUGCAUUUAGCCAGGCCAUUGACAAAGAAUAUACCGGAUUUACAGCAGAUUCCUUUGAACCUGAAACACCAGUAGAAGAACAGACACCUUUGAAGCUGGAAGAACAACAGCUUGGGUUCCUACCCCAGCGAAAGACAAAUGACAGCACUGUUAACGUGGAUGAAUUGCUUGCCCGGAUGCGCCACCAUGUUCUGGUCAACAGAGUCCGGACUGUGGAUUUCAUUGAGGACUUUGACACUUUGCACAGUGGACGGAUUCCCAUCCCAAUCUUCAGAAGAACCCUGAAUAUGAUCGGGUUCAGCCCUGAACUAAACGAUGCCCAAUUCAGAGCGUUGGUACAAUGUUAUGAAGAUCCCAAGAUGCCUGGCCAUGUCAUCUGGACUAACUUCACCAAAGACAUUGAUUCAGUGUUUACCAUCCCUGAACUAGAGAAGAAGCCCAAUGUCAAGGUCCCACCAUUGGAGACCUACCAGUUGCCCAAGGUUGGCACAGUGGAUGCAGACAUCUUGGAUCCCCCAGAGAGGGCUCAAUUCAAGUCAUUAGUUUGUCGCUUGAAAGAGCGAAUCAACCACAGGCAUCUCGAGACAUACCCAGUCUUUCGGGAUUUUGACAGAUAUAACAAUAACCAUGUAUUUCGGGCCCAGUUUCGCCGAUGCCUCACGAUGCUCAAUCUUCCUGCAACUGAGGAGGAGAUGGCCCUACUGGAGAAAGUUUACUGUGAUGAACUGGGCUUCGACUUUGUCAGGUUCCUGGAAGAGGUGGAUCCCCAUGAAAAGCCUGAGAAGAUGUAUAACAAACUAAUGAAUGAGAUUCAUCGGCUGAAUGAGUCAAAGAAAAACCUUGAACAGGGAGCCUUAUCUGACAUUAACUCCAUCUUGGAAAAGAUUAAAACCAAGACAUUCAGAAAGCCGGUGAAGAUUGGAGACCAUAUGAAGGACUUUGACAAACUGAAUAGUGGGCGUAUUUCAAAGAGUAACUUCAGGAGAGCCCUUGACUUGGAUGGGUUUGAGCUACAAUCUUCAGAGAUGGAAAUACUCGAGAAAGCGUACGAAUCAUGUAAGAUGCCAGACUACAUUGAUUAUAAGCUAUUCAUUGCUGAAAUUGAAUCUAUUUUCACACUCGAUCAUCUUGAGAAGUUUCCACGAGCAGAGGUAACCCAGUACAAGCCACCACCAGAUUGGACUUUGAACACUCUGACAACAGAGGAGAUCACUGCUUACCAGCAAGCUCUGGCAAGACUGGCAGAAAGGGUGAAGAAGAGGCAGCUCCAGCUCUUCCCGCCGUUUGAAGACUAUGACCGCCUCAACAUCGGCAGCGUCACGCAGUCUCAGUUCCACCGCGUGCUCGUGGGGCUGGACCUGGAAAACCUGCUGAGCAUGCGCGACAUCCGGGUGCUGUUCCACCGCUUCCGGGUUACCAUUGGCAACCGCCACGACGUCAACUACAUUGCGUUCUGCGACGCCGUGUACGACGCAGCCUGCAUGGACAAGAGGAAACCAUGAAUGCUGGACCUGGAGCGGCACCUCAAACUGUUCCCAGCAACCUUCACCCACCGUUCCUUACAACCACCCCGCCAUUUCCUGCAACCCCUCCACCGCUCCCCCACCUCCCUCUGUCCGUCCCCUC